GACCUAAAAUCUCCCACUCAUCUUAUCCACAGAAAAAUAUAUAAUACUGAUAGCACGGGAAAAACGUUCAAAUAAGGCAUCAUCCAUCACACCAUGCCCAAGAAGUCCGCAAACACCUCGAAACAAGCGUCCUUGUUUGACAUUCGGUUGAAGAAUCACGAACAUGAUGUCUUGAUUCUCAAGGGCCCUCCUGAUGAUGCUGCCUCAGCCCUUCUUUCAGGUAAAAUUGUUUUAUCUGUAAACGAACCGUUUGCCAUCAAAAAGCUCAACCUCGAACUCUACGCCAUGCUUCGUCUACUGUUCACUGAUCUGGUGAUUACCACCAAGGGAUCUUAUCCCAAAAAUGUUCGUCAUGAGCGUAAGAUUUAUGACUAUCACUGGGACAACAGUGAAAUCAACAAGUACUUGAAUAACAUGUACGAAAACAGCGGGCUCUCUGCUGGAAUCAACGGCCCUGGUUCAGCGUUGGCCCGUACCAGUUCCACCACCUCUUCCUCCAGUCUUGCAGCCUUGGGAUCACAGCGCUUAACAAACUACACGCUCGUGAAGGGCAACUACGAGAUUCCCUUCAGUGCUAUUCUUCCUGGUAGCAUUCCAGAAUCGGUGGAAGGAUUGCCCGGGGCAUCGGUAGUGUAUCACCUUGUGGCCACCAUCGACAGGGGAAAGUUCCACUCCCCCAUGGUUGCAAAAAAACACCUUCGAGUGGUUAGAACUCUAACUACUGACUCGGUAGAACUCCUGGAAACCGUUGCUGUUGAUAACACUUGGCCCAAGAAAGUCGAAUACUCACUCACAGUACCAUCCAAGGCCAUUGCUGUCGGCUCGGGCACGCCGAUAAGCAUGAUGUUGGUGCCACUUCUCAAAGGAUUGCGUUUGGGAGAAAUUAAAAUCGCCUUGGUUGAAUACUAUUCGUAUAUUGGGUAUGUGCCUCCAGUGAAGAACGUCGAACGAAACAUUACCGAAAAGGUGAUUCCUCGUCCUUCUGAAGACGACCUGAAUUUUCAGCUUGAUAAGUGGGAGCUUCAGACGUUUUUGACGGUUCCUCCGAGUUUAUCCAAAUGCUGUCAAGAUUGUGACAUUCUCACCAACAUCAAGGUCCGUCAUAAAAUCAAGUUUACAAUUGGACUUGUGAACCCCGACGGGCAUGUGUCUGAGUUGCGAGCCUCCUUGCCGGUGCUGUUGUUCAUUUCUCCAUUUGUCACAGUAAGAUCUGGGGUGGAUGAUGAGGUCAGUGAUGGUGAUACCGCCAUCCGGUCCAACUCCUCAUCAUAUACUGAUUUCUCCGGGUUGGUGGCUCCUCCCAUCUAUGAGCAACACAUCUAUGACAGACUCUGGUCAGAUGUCUCACCUAUUGAAUCUCCCAUUACCUCUGGAUCUGUCACUCCUAGAGAGAUCCCUGCGCCCCUCACGGCCGUCCAGGACUUUAACAUGUCUCCUAUCGACAGUGUGCAGUUGAACGAGAACUUGCGACUUUUAAGUCUUCAACGACAAUCACAAGAACUGGGCACUUCAACUCCCACACCCUUAGCAACCCCUACCCCCGAACGUGCCACCUUCAGUCUAGAUGAAGAAGGAGACUACUUUGCUCAACGAAGACCCCCUUUGUCUUCCAACAAUGUACUUAUGUCUCCUGGAGCUUUCAGUCCCGUUCACUUAUCUCGUACUCAAAGUGAAAGUGUUUUAAACAUUUCGCAAGUCCCAUCGUACCACGAGGCCAUCCGCCAGCCAGAUGAGGAAGAGCUUUCUCCCGCCUAUGAACCUCCACUCCCAGGCUCUAAGAUCAACCUCGAUGAGGCCAAUAAGACAUUUGAACAAACUACUCGGUCCAGUCGUCCUGGGUCUGGUACAGUUUCUCCGGUGUCACCGUUGCCCAGUAACUUGCCUCGGCCUGGAGCACAGAGAAGGUCCUCAAGUUCUGGCUGCUCCGACUUUUCUGCACCCGAUGCUUCCAGUCAAUCGACUGUUAGUGUAGCCAUGCCAUCGAGUAGGGCCAGUGAUAGAACUGCGGUUCUUGGAGGAUCUGUGCCCAUCCGGUCGAGUUCCUCCUUGAGUCUUCACAACGUGCAUUUUCUCAACAAAAAGAAGGACAAACGGUGAUAGCAUGACGCUUGUUUAUUGCUGUAACCAUCAGGCUUAUUUAUUAAUUAGGGAUUCUAUUGCAUAAUACACAGAUUUAUAGAUUGCAGCCAAAAGUCGCAUUCGCGACUUGAGAAUUCAACAACUACAUGUUUAGAGACAGAACCAAUCUUUAUCUAUCGUACCGGCGAACCAUUCCUCGUGGAGAGCUCAACAGCACGCUCUCUGGUGCGACCACUCGACUCUCUUCCGAUCGAUUUGAUUCUUUUGAAGAGGAGGAAGGGCUAAUUGGUAGAAGGAGAAACAGACCUCAAUAUAAGGAUGAUGACGGGGCAAUUGAACUACAAAACAUUGCUCCUUCGAUUUUCGACAUUCUGAAACAUAUCGACGAUAACCUAGAAUCUAUCAAGACACUGACGUCCGAGUUGAGCUCUUUGUACAAGAAAUUGUUGAUCACGAGCUCAAAUGACAAACCCGAGAUCGAAAAGAAGAUCGAGGGCUUGAACUAUGAGAUCACCAAGAAGUUUGAAAACUCGUACGUUUUGAUCAAGAAGUUCGACUUCCUCCAGAAGAAUCACCAGCGCCUUCACUUGAACUACUCCAACAACGAAGUUAAAAUGAUUGAAAACUUCAAGAAAAAUUAUGCCUUAAAGAUCCAGAACUCCUCUUUGAUCUUUCGAAACCUUCAAAACAACUACAUCAAAUUUCUCAGAGAUGACGACUAUGACGACUUGAAUGAUACCAGCUUCAGCAUGAGAACGUCUCAUGUCAAUGCCGAUGAAAAACAACGCCUUCUUCUCCAAGAAGAAGAAACCAAAAACAUCGAAAACUACUCCAAGCAGGUGCUUCAGGAGACCCAACAACAACUCCAACUCCAACGACAGCCCAGUGACCAGAUCAUGGCCCAGAGAGAACGCGAAAUCUCCAAGCUCGCCAUGGGGAUUCUUGAGAUCUCCACCAUAUUUAAGGAAAUGGAGAGUUUGGUGGUGGAACAAGGAACGAUUUUAGAUCGAAUCGACUACAACAUCACCAACACUGCCCAGGAUGUAAAGGACGGUAACAAAGAGCUCCUCAAAGCCAAGAGCUACCAAUCCCGAACCACCAAGUGUAAAAUCAUCUUUCUUCUUAGUUUGGUGGUGUUUGCCUUAUUCAUUAUCGUGGUUGUAAAACCUCAUGGAACCACCAAAUAUGUCGAAAAGCCCCCCUCGGACAAACCGGUUUCUGAGGCACCCGUUAAUGACAGACCAUCAGUGGAUAGACCAGAAGAAGACAUAGGAGAACACAAGGAUCCAGACCUUAACAUUCCCAUAGGAGAUUCGCCCACCUGAACCAAAUAAUCUAAAGUUUGAAGUAAAUCAGCUAAAUAAGUAAACCUAAUAAUACAUAAUAAUUCCAAGCAAGGAAUAUCCACUCAUCAAAUCAUUCCAUAAGGACCUCUUCCGGUGCCGGCACCUCCUUGGCCUGGUUUGGAACCUCCCAUUCCUGGUAUGCCCAUUCUACUAGCACCCAUGUUGGGUUUGUUCAUUCCUGGUUUCUUUCUUACUCCACCAAUUGCAAAGUCUGGGUUGUUGGCCAACGCAUUGUCAGAAGCAGUUGGUUGUGGGCGAGCCAUCAUAAACCGGUGUUGAUUAGGAGGGGGUGGCCCAUAGUUCAUCAUUGGUUGUUGAUGAGAGGUAACUGGAGGAAUAUUCUGGUUCAUCAUUGGUGAGCCUCCGUAUCCAGGGUUCUGUUGUUGAAACUGAGGCUGGAACGGUUGUUGUUGAGGGUACAGAGUCUGAUACUGCUGUUGAGGAGGGAGGUAUUCAGGACCCCCGUAUUGUUGUUGGGGGUUAUACCUUGGGUUUAUGGCUCUUUGAGACACAGAAGUGAAGUCGGAAGAGGCGUCCGAAAGGUCUGAAGUUUGGCUUCCUCUGUGAACAUAUUGGUUGGCAGGUUCGACCUGAGGAGGCAAAUCGUCGUUCAAUUCAGUAAAUGGCUCGUGUCCUUCCACCUCCGGAUGGUGCUCAAACACGCUCAUAUCAGCACCGCCAUAAGGAGGUUUAUUCAAUGGACGUCCAGCGGGAUAAGGCAAAUGAGGCACGCGAGACUCGGGUGUAUCGUUGGUGGUAGGAGUAGCGGUGUUUGGUACAAAAGUGGGGGCCAUUUGCUGUUUGGAGGAAAUUGGCGUAUUUGGGCCGUUGACAAAAUUCACCUGGGCGUCUUCAAAGUGAGAAGAACCCGCGGUCCUGGAACCAAAUGAAUUGUUGCUAUACUGAGUAAAGUCUUUAGCCAUUUGGGGGUUCGAGUUAUAGAUGCUCGAGUUGGUCAUUGUCUUCGAUACCUGGUUAUUGACUUGAUUGCCGGUGGCCUUAAACUCGUAAUCCUUGCUGAUGGAACUGUCGUUAUCAAGAUUCGAGUAUCCUCUAUUGAAAGCGGUCGAAUUUGGGGGCAUAAACGCACCCACUGGGGGGCCUGCGCCGAACUUGUUAUCAAAUGUAGCCAUUUCGUUGAUGGACUCCACGUCCGAUUGCACCGGACUGUUCGAAAGUCUCAACUCAAGGAAGAGGAACACAAUUGAAAUCAAAGUUGCGGCCGCAGACCCAACCAAGAUCCACCCUGUCCAUGAAACAUAGGGAUGGAACAUGAGCACCACCAAAAUUGCAAUCAACGCCGUCAAGAGGAAGGUGAGGAUGUUGAACACAAUCGAGAAGAUAAGUAUGCCGCUGGAAAAAAAGUGGGACACAAAUACCACAAUCAAGCACACAAAGUUAAACCCGCACGCAAUAGGGGCAAUGAUCAAGGUGGAGGCCAAAUGGUUCCUGGUGUCUCUAUCGAGAAGCCAGUCGAGCCUAGGCUGGACAGAGCCCAACAGGUAGGGAUAAUCAGCAGACGAUGCCGUACAGUCGGAGCUUUUGUCCGAACAGUAUCCAAACACCCCGUAGGUAAAGGAAGAAGUGGAAGCAAGACUGAAAGAACUGACGAUGGGGGUGGAAAUGGUGGCCAAAAGGAGGAACACAAAUGACACCAAGAUCAACACCAGCGAAACGGUAUUAAACCCCAAGCCCAUGGUAAUUGAAACUUUAUCAGAUGGGAUCAGGCUCUCGGGUACACAAAACUUCUAGAUGUGAACGGUUAAAAAAGCGACAAGUUUCGAGGGCACGUAGAUAUUGAGGAGCACGAGCACACAGUCGGGAGUGGGUAGCAGGCUUACUGGAAAACUGGAUCAAAAGAAGUUUCUGUAAAAUUUGGCCAAUUUGUUGGAAAAGGGGUAGUUGAAAAAAUAACUUUA